GCUCAGUCGCUGUGCGGGAGUGGUCGCCGAGGGAUGUAUGGCAUCGUAACCGCGAGUGUGACCGAGGAAUAAAGGAGCCGGCGUUUUAGUUUCUCGUUCGCGUUUAGUCCACGCGCGCGCUCUCUCUCUCUCUCUCUCUCGCGCCGCGCGUGUCUCCCUCCGGUUGGUAGAGGGAAAAGGAAGAAAACGAAAGAGAAAAAAAAGGAGGAGGAAAUCCCGAGGAUCGUCGUGCAGUAGUCCGCAGCCCGUCGUUAUCGCGGCACGCAACGUUCCUUCAUCAUCACUUGUCCCUCCUCCGCGCGCUCGUCUGACUCUCGAGCCGGUGCACGGAUCCACGCACAGAUCGUGUAUUUACUUCGUUAUUUAUUGUACAAAGGACUAUAAGAGCCAAUAGCCGACACAAUGUCCGUGGAUAAGGAGGAAUUAGUGCAGCGUGCGAAGCUUGCCGAGCAGGCGGAAAGGUACGAUGACAUGGCGUCCGCGAUGAAGGCGGUCACCGAGACGGGAGUCGAGCUGUCGAACGAGGAGAGGAACCUGCUCUCGGUGGCGUACAAGAAUGUCGUAGGAGCGAGACGUAGCUCGUGGCGGGUAAUCUCCUCCAUCGAGCAGAAGACCGAAGGCUCCGAACGCAAACAGCAGAUGGCCAAGGAAUACCGGGAAAAGGUCGAGAAGGAAUUGCGCGAGAUCUGCUACGAUGUAUUGGGACUCCUGGAUAAGUUCCUGAUCUCCAAGGCUAGCAAUGCCGAGAGCAAAGUAUUCUACCUCAAGAUGAAGGGUGACUACUACAGGUAUCUCGCAGAAGUCGCCACCGGUGAAACCAGAAAUACCGUGGUAGAGGACAGCCAGAAGGCAUACCAGGAUGCCUUCGAAAUCAGCAAGUCAAAGAUGCAGCCUACCCACCCGAUCAGGCUAGGUCUCGCCCUCAACUUUUCUGUCUUCUAUUACGAGAUUCUCAACUCACCAGACAAGGCCUGUCAACUGGCCAAACAGGCGUUCGACGACGCGAUCGCGGAGCUGGACACACUUAAUGAAGACAGCUACAAAGAUUCCACAUUGAUCAUGCAGCUGCUGCGCGACAACCUCACUCUGUGGACCAGUGACACGCAGGGCGACGGGGACGAGCCACAGGAGGGCGGCGACAACUAACCUUCCUAAGCUUAAGUCCUUUCUAAACCUAAUAAGAACAUCCUAUUCUCUAUCGUCCCCCCCCCCCCUGAAGUGCUCACCCAUAUGUCCAUCCACCCGGAUCCAUCCAUCCAUGUCCACCUGACCUCUCGCCCCUCGCGUACCUCGUUUCCUUCUUUCCUUCCUUCCUUCCAGUCGCAGGCCUCCCUUUUCCUUAAAUCUCUCUCUCCUUUUCAAAAAACUGAUCCUUCUCUCUUUUUUUCUCUCUCUCUCUCUUUCUCUCUCUUUCUUUAUCCUGACAUGACCGCACACCGCUACCGAUGCCACCGCCACAGCUGCUACGUCCGGUUCGACAAAUUCGAACGUCGAGGGCCUUCGAAUUAUUCACCCCUGCUCGAUCAGUGCCUGUUCGCGGAUGAUGGACAAGGGAAGGAUCUCAAAGAUCGAACCUUACACGGAAUUGUAAACUCGAUCGAUAUUCGGAGUAUAGAGAACGUUGAUCGUGCAGCGCGUAUCGGGUCGAAGUAAACGCGCGAGAAAACCAUCAUUGGCGAAGAAGGACGAUCGAGCAGCGGCAUGGAUCGUUCGGUCUCUCGCGCACGAAAUUUCUUAGUCAGAAAGAGAAAACAAGAAAUCCGUUUAUUGUCCCCCCGUUUGUAUGAAGGAACAGGAAGGAGCGAAUUGUGGAUGAAUAGAGGAAAGGACAGGAGGAGACACAUUCACAUCUCCCCCGCAUACCCUGUCUCGUCGACGCGAAAAAAAAAAUUGUCGCGCGGACGCAGUCGCGUGCGCGCGCGUGCAUUCACACAUUGUCGAUAAACGCACAUAGCCAGAAACAAAAAAAAAAGAAGAAAGCAAACGCUAGAUUAUCGGACCUUUUGCGAAUAGAAAACGAGAGAAAAAAUUAUGUACCAUUAAAGAGUAAAUCGUACACACGUCGGGACGAGACAUGGAAUGCAGAGGACCCGACCCACUGUCAUUACUCCCAAAAUCUACUCGCUGCUUACCAUCUCAAAAAAGAAAAACGUAAGAGAAACGUAAAGUUAGAAACAUGAGAGAAAAAGAAACCAAACACAAGCGAAAAGAAAACAGCGCGGAGGUGCGAGAAGAAGCGAAGAGAACGAGAAAAACGAAAAAAAGCACGCAUGAAUCUACUACAUUAUAUCCAGUUGUCAUUUAAAUUAAAUUUCACAUUGUCUAGCAAGUAACGAAUAUUAUUAUACGAAGGGAAGAACGCAGGAGGAGAAAGGAGAGUAAAAAAAAAAACAAAUACAUUAAGUUAUUAAGUUCCAAAACGAACAUCAGUGGUGACUUGAUUUUUCAAACAGUCUUGUGUCUCUCUUUUUUUAAUUUUUUUCUCCUCCAACAUUAUCACCAUGAUUAUGCACACAAUCUGCAUGCAUUUCGAUCUCUUCCCACCGCGGAACUCUACUCCCUUUUUUCCUUUCGCCCACGACCGAAAGCCCAAAGUCGCGAUCCAACAGAGUCUAGGAUUUAAUUCCACUUACUACGCUUCAAUCUUAUCUGUAAUUUACACGCGGGGAGAAAGAUUGCAUCGAUCAGGGUCGUCGGUAGUGCACCGUUAUUUUGAUUAUUACAAACUGUGUUGUAAAACCGCAAAGAGAGAAAGGAAGAGGACAUUUCUCGCCGUCGUUCUGCUCGUCGUCGCGAUCGUUCGCAUCGAUGUUCCCUCGAAAAGUCUCGCGUGAUCCGCGUGGAACGGAAUGCGGAAGAAGGAGGCCGGGGGAUCUGUGAACAAAAGCCGCUCAAGUUCCCAUUGUCAUCGUCGAGCGCAGAGAAAUUGCACACGCACGUGCGACACGUUAUUAAGAGAUUGUAUAAUCCUGGCGUCCGGACCUUCGACUUCCUCUCUCGCUCUUUCUAUUCGACCGCUCCUCGUCUCUCUCUCUCUCUUUCUCUACUAUAUUAUUACGCAAUUACAUAAUAUAUACACCACAGAUAUAUAUAUUUAUAUCACUUAUUCUUAGCAAACUCGUAGCGCGGUCGAGAAGAAUGGAGGAGAGAACGAAUUAUACGCACACAGCAUUACACACGAAAUGUAGGAUAUGUAGGUCACGUAAUAUUUACUUUUCGUCCUGCGAAUGUUUUUCAUUUCUGAGAGUUUGCGCGGAAAUUACGUGUGUUUGCGAAUUACGAUAAUUGCUUCUCGAAGACAGCGUCUCGUGUAAGGUAGAGUACCAAAGUUCAGCUCCUUCGAGGAAGAUUAAGCCCCUUUUAGCCCCUCGAUCGAGGUGUACACAUCGAAGAAAGUCACGAGGAAAAAAAAAAAAUGAAACUUAUGCGAUAUGCAAUUAUUACCGAUUGAUUAGGAUUAAGAGAUCGUGGCGAUGUGUCGAAUAAAUAAAUCAUGCAGUGUAUUCAGAUUAACUGUGUCGACAAUUUUAAUCGGACGACGUGUAGGACUUCGUUCGACGUGUGUACCACGUUGCCAUUACAUGUUCCGAAAACGCGAUGUAAGUAUUUCGAAUCAUUGUUUAACAAGAGAGACGCUCUACAUUAGAGGGGAAACCGCAAGAUUCUAAUGGGAGGUCAAAGACUAUCCAGAACAAAAAAAAAAUCACGCCCUCUGCUCGCGUGUACGACGCGAAGAGGGAAGAAGAAAGAGACGUGAAACGGGGAGCUGAGAUAUGCACAUCCUCGUGCACAUUCUCGUAUAUAUAUGUAUAAUUAAGUAUAUGUAUAUACGCGCGCGUACUGGCAGCACACACAUAUAUAUUCAUACAUACACACACAUAAACACACACUUGUAUCACACGCAUGUAAUGUAAUAUCGCUAUGGGAGACAGCCAGUUUUCAGCAAGUUAGUCGCUAAUUACACGUGAAUGGGUAAACGUUUUCCUGUUAUCGCGUUGAUAUUUCUCGAUGUAUAAUCGGUGUCUUUAUCGCAACAAGAGAUUGUCCGUAAUUCGUCCCACAUACACACACGCGGGAGACAAACGUCGUACGGUUGCUAGGAAGGAAGGGAGAAAAAAAAAGAGAAAAGACACGAGAGUGAGACGGACGCGGAGUCGAAGAGAUGAUGAGCAGCAGUGAACAGCAUCCGAAAUCUCGUUGCGACUCUUCUUCUAUCGACCUCCUCCUCCUUCCGUCGAACAGAAGCGAGAGUAAAAGCGCGUGCAAUUGAAGUCCCGCGUUGCAGUUUGUCGUAUCGGUUUCGCCUCUAUCGUAUAACGUGGGACGCAAAACGUGUGGAAAACGAGCUCUGUACUCCGGCGAAAGUAUCUUGCGACUUGCGUCCGUCAUGCAAACGUCGAGGUGGGGGGUGAAGUGAAGAGAUAAGAUACAGACGACAAGGAAUUAGAUAAGAAAACGAGUAGUUAAAUAUUUACGCGACUAUCGCAGUCUUGUUGACGAUGAAAUACGACCGUGGAGACUAUUAAUGCUCAUUUCUUGUCGUCUAGAUCCUCGUCCUGCAAUUCGUUCCGCCUCGAUGUUCUGCUAAGAGACACGAGAUCGAAGAGUCGAACGAUCAGGAACUACAGACAGGUAUCGUCUCCCUUGUCUCUCUUCCGGAAAGUCCUCGGUGAACGUUCAACGAGGGCUGGCUGGGUGCGAGACUGGAGGGUGCGAGCCACUCGACUCUACGAGCGCCACGAUGCAUUUGAUUGACCAAUGAAAAAAAGAAUUUUACUAAUUGACCAAUCGAGAAAAAAUGCUUCGAAGCAUUUGUAGCGUCGAGUGAACCUGGUAGCCUGGACGUCUGGGUGUGGUGCGCGCGUGUGUAAUCAAAAGUGGCAAGAUGCUGAGGCCGUUACGAUGCAUCGGAGGGGUAGCUUGUUGACCUCGAUCUCGCGCCGCGCAGGCAGCGGGCCCUCGGAUGUAACGUCCCUUCUCUUUUCAUCCUCAUCCCUCGUGAGUCGAGGCUUCUCUUCCUCCUUCGAGUGUACACUGUUCCUCCUUUCGCCCCCUUUCUCUCUCGAAUCUCUUCAGGGAUGUUUUCUCCAAUCUAACUUUGUCCUUAUCCUCCCAGCUCCCCCCUCCUCCCCGAUUCAACAAAUCGAACGUUAACAUCUUGUGUUCUUUUCAUUUUCUGGAUAUUAUGAAUUUUCCAAAAUAAACGUUAUGUUUUUUUAAUAA